AUGUCGGGUCUCGACGUACCUGACCUACUGUCCUUGUUGGGAGCUGCACUGUCUGAGUGUUCACUAAACAUAACCUCAGUCCAGCGGCACAAGUUCACCAGCUUCCUCACAAACGCCUGUGUCACGCGUCGGAGGCUCCUCCAGGCAGUGGUGGGCGGAGCAGUAGGCGUGUCCAUAACUCGACUACACUUGGAGGUGCAGUUGCCACCAACACCUUGUGCUCUGACACAGGGAACAGAUCUGCACGAGUGGGAGCAUCAGCGUCGACAAGCUGAGCUCACCUCAGUGUUACAACAGAAGGUGGAGGAGCUGAGGGCGCUCCGAGACGGGUCGAGGGUCCGCCUGGGGGAGGUCACUGUUCCAGAGGAUGAGGAUUUGGACGGACAGGGGGUUUUGGCGCUGGUGCGUACAGCAGUGAGGGCCACAAAAGACCAGAUGCUGCAGAGUCUGACCCAAGAGGCCUCCCUGCUCAGUGACAUCCAGCAAAUCAAACUGCAGCAGGCAGCGUUGGCCACUAGGAGGCUCCAUAAUCCUGCUCUUCACAACACAGGUCAAAUCAGCUCAAAUCCAUGUGCAUCACUGAAGGACUUCAAAGUGGAACUGAGAGAGAGUCAUAAAGUUCUGUGAGGACAGGAAGUAGCAUUUCACCACCACCAAGCGGGUUCAAGUCUGACCUGCAGGUCAUGUCAUGUCAAUACCCACCGUCAGGAAAAAAGCCCAGAAAUUAAUAAAAAAAAAAAAAAAAAAAUGCUCUUCUGUUCUAAAGAUUAAGGUCUCAGUGAAAUGAACCAUAUAGAUUAUGCACUUUUGUUUCUCUGCAGAUUGUGUGCAUCUUCAUGUCAGUGUCUACAGUAGGCCACCAGGGGGCGCGAGAUGACAAGAAAUCCACAAAAUCAGAGGACUUGCUCCUCUGUUCCCAGCACUGCCUGCACGACUAAUGACAAAAAAAGAAACACUCAGUAUGCAUGUUUUCUUAUACUUGUAUUAUACUAAUAAAACAUUUUCACUGUUAUUUUAUUGUUUUUUA